AUGUCUGACGCCCAGAAGCCCGUUGAGGAGACCCCCGUGGUUGCUCCCGUUGCUCCUGUCACCGAGACCCCUGUUGUCCCCGCUGAGGCUGCUACCGCCACCGAGACCCCCGCCGUCGAAGCGCCCAAGGAGACCGCCGCUGAGGCUUCCGAGCCUGCUGCUGAGGCUGCCCCCGCUGCCGCCGAGGAGUCCAAGGCUGAGGCCCCUGCGGAGGAGGCUAAGGAGGUUAUCCCCGCCUCUGAGGGAAUCCUCGGCUACAAGGCCCCUGGUCUGGUCAAGAGCCUCCGCUUUGCCAAGCGUUUCUUUUACUUCAGCGACGAGGCUGUUGAGGCCAAGCAGCUCUCCGUCUUCCGCAGCAACGAGAAGCCCGCUGUCGCCAACCCCAUUGUCGCCUGGGCCAGCCAGACCGGCAAGGGUCUGCUCUUCUUCACGAAGCGCGCCGAGGACAAGGCUACCCCCGCUGGCAUCAUCAGCUUGGCCGACAUCUCCGAUGUGACCAAGGAGGGUUCCGACGAGUUCCUCUUCAAGCUCAACGGUCACAAGCACACUUUCCAGGCCUCCAACACUGCUGAGCGUGACAGCUGGAUUGCUGCCCUUGAGGCCAAGUCCACCGAGGCCAAGGCCGAGAAGGACACCAUCACCUCUAGCGAGGGCUACAAGGCUGAGCUCGAGAAGCUGAGCAAGCCCGCCGCUGCCCCCGUCAAGGCCGCCGAGACUAAGGAAGAGGACAAGAAGGAGGAGGAGACUCCUGCUGUUGCUGCCGCCGAGGAGAACAAGGACAAGAGCCGUUCCCGUUCCCGCAAGAGGACCUCCAUCUUCGGUACUCUCCUAGGUAAGAAGGAGGAGCUUGAGGAGAAGAAGGAGGAGAAGAAGGAAGAGAAGGAGGAGGCCAAGGCUGAGGAGGCUAAGCCCGCUGAAGCCACCGAGGCCCCCGCUGCUGAGGCUCCCGUUGUCGCUGAGCCUGCUGCUGCUGAGGCUUCUGCCGCUCCUGCCGCUGUCGAGGCCGCCGACAAGAAGGAAGAGGACAAGAAGGAGGAGACCGAGGCCGCUCCCGCCCCUAAGUCUAAGCGCUCUUCUCUCUUCGGCAACUUCUUCCAGAAGGUCACCAGCCCCUCUCAGGAGAAGAGUGAGAAGGAAGCCGCUGCCCCCGCCGAACCCGCUCCUGUCGCUACCACCGCUCCUCAGCUCGACAACCCUGUCGAGGAGGCUGCUAAGCCCAUUGAGCCUGAGAGCGUGACCGCCGCUCCCGAGGUUGAGGCCGCCAAGGAGACUCCUGCCGAGUCUCCCGUUGAGUCCCCCGCUGCUGCCACCAAGGACAAGCGCCGCACAUCUUUCUUCGGCAGCUUCGGUAAGAAGAAGGCCGACUCUGGUGACGAGGCCGCUGAGGGUGAGGCCAAGCCCAAGAACAAGCUCGGUGGCCUUUUCCGCAAGCCCAGCAAGGCCGUGAAGCCCGAGACCAAGGAGACCACCGAAGCUGAGGCUGCUGAGCCCAAGACCGAGACCGUUGCUGAGGCGGGCCCCGCUGAGGAGACCCCCAAGCCCGCCGAGGCCCCCGCCACUGAGGAGGCCAAGCCUGUCGUUCCUUCCACCGCCGCCCCUGUUCAGGCUGCUGCUUGA